AUGGCAUUCAAGCUUUUGUCUAUCGUCUCCCUCGUCGCUCUCGCCACUGUUGCCAGUGCCGCCCCGAGCCGGACGGUGUGCUCUGACGGGACUGUGGUCCCUGACUCGGUGUGCUGCGAAUUUUUACCCCUCGCAGAAGCUCUCCAGACGCAGGUCCUUAUGGGCGACUGCGGAGAAGACACUCACGAGCUCCUCCGUCUCACAUUCCACGAUGCCAUUGCCAUCUCCCGCAGCAAUGCUUCGGCUGGUGGUGGAGCCGACGGUUCGAUGCUCAUCUUCCCGACCGUCGAGCCUGCCUUCUUCGCUAACCUCGGUAUCGCCGACUCCGUCAACAACCUCAUCCCCUUCCUGUCGCAGUUCCCCAGCAUCUCCGCCGGUGACCUCGUCCAGUUUGCAGGUGCUGUCGCCAUCACCAACUGCCCUGGUGCACCGCAACUCGAGUUCCUUGCUGGUCGUCCCAAUGCGACCGCCCCCGCCAUCGAUGGUCUGAUUCCCGAGCCCCAGGACAAUAUUACGAAGAUUCUGGCGCGGUUCGACGAUGCCGGAGGGUUCACGCCGUUCGAGGUCGUCUCCCUUCUCGCUUCGCACACGAUCGCUCGUGCCGACCAUGUCGACCCGACUCUCGACGCCGCGCCCUUCGACAGUACUCCCUUCACCUUCGACACCCAGAUCUUCCUCGAUGUGCUCCUCAAGGGUGUCGGCUUCCCUGGGCUGAACAACAACACUGGCGAGGUCUCCUCCCCGCUCCCCCUUUCGAACGGCACCGACGUCGGCGAGCUCCGUCUCCAGUCCGACUUCGGCCUCGCCCACGACCCGCGCACGGCUUGCUUCUGGCAGGGCUUCGUCAAUGAGCAGGAGUUCAUGGCGCAGUCGUUCAAGGCCGCGAUGGCGAAGCUCGCUGUGCUCGGCCACAACGCGGACGACCUCGUCGACUGUUCUGCUGUCGUACCGAAGCCUAAGCUCGCGGUUGCCGUGUCCGCGGCGUUCCCGGCGACCAAGGGCCCGGACGACCUCGAGCUGUCGUGCAACACCUCGCGGUUCCCCAACCUGCCUAUCGAUCAUGGCACCCAGGAGGCCCUCAUCCCGCACUGCUCGGACGGCAGCAUGAGCUGCACCACCGUUCAGUUCGACGGCCCGGCGCUCAGCUUCGGUGACAAUAACAGCUCUUGA